AUGAAUGCUACUGUAAACAGAACAGAAUUUGAUGAUUUACUGAAUGAUACGAAUAUCAAUACAUCAAUGCUAUCACAUUUGAGCCAUAAUUUGCAUAUAUACGGUUAUUUGAUUAUUGGCCCAAUGCUAGUAUUGGUUAACACCCCGAUCUUCUUGCUUGUGAUGUUACGUAAAGCGCUCAGGCUUCCCUACCUGAUUCUCGCAACUGUAUUUUUUAACAGUGGAUUAACCGGAAUGAGUGCAAUAUUAAUGGGAGCAAAACGAUGGAUUAUUUCCGUUGUUCAAGAACAAUUUAUUGUUCAUUAUGACUGCGUGCUUAGUGUGGCGAUCUUUUUUUUAUCAAUGUCUUUUCUAAAUGGUUGGAGUUUACUAAUGAAUAGUGUGGAAAGAUUUUGUGUCGUUGCAUUCCCAAUAUAUUACUAUACUCACAGUAAACGAAUAAUCUUUGCAUUAAUUACCAUACAAUAUGCAAUUACUGCCAUUGCAGUGAUUUUUACCGUUGUCGCAAGUUUAAUUGAACCGAAGCGAUAUAUAUCGCAUUUUUGCAUGAUGCACAGUGUUUACAGCUCUUAUUUUUAUGUCACUCUGACAUUAAUGAGUUCCAUUGCUUCAUUAUUUAGUAUUGUCAUAAUGGUUAUUGUUGUUGUUCUAUUAAAAAGAAGGUUUGGAGCUCAGUUUCUUUCAAAGAAUUCAUGCAAUCGCGAUUUGACACAUUUUAUCAAGAAUCAAAAGCGAUAUACUCAUACAGCACUGAUUUCUUGUUGUUUUACAUUUUUUCUUGUUGUGUUACCAUCAAUGGUGAAAUGCAUUUAUGCGUUGGAUGCUUCUAAAAGGUCACCGAUUAUUGUGAUGCUUUGCGUGUAUUUACCACUCUUGAAUUCCUUUAAUAUGGUACUGUUAUUCAUAUAUCGGCAAAAAGAUCUUCAAAAUGCUGCAAUUCAUGGCAUCAAAUGGUUGUUUUGCAGACAAAAACAACAUAUCCAACCGGUCACUACUGCUGGAUUUUAG